CCCUCAAACCCUACUCACCUCCUUCCUUAUCUUGGUGAUGGCCUCUUCCACACCACCACCAACCUUAACCACCUCCAAACCAUAUCAGAACCACCAUAUCCAAGGUAUCCAGAACCACCACCGUCGAACCCACAAUGGUCAUAAUCCCCACCACCCAUCUCCCAAGGUCUCUCUUCAUCCUCCCACACCAAGAAACCCCACCGCAAACAAACCCCCAGUUCCCACCACCGCCGCACCCGCUGCCUCCUCAUCUCUCCACCAUCGGAACCCUAAUUUCGCCCCUCUUUCCGCCUCAAAGUCAGAACUUGCUGCCGAUUUCUCGGGUCGGAGGUCAACCCGGUUUGUUUCCAAGAUGCAUUUUGGCCGUCCGAAAGCCGCUGCCUCCAGUAGGCAUUCGGUUUUAGCCGAAGAUGCUCUCCACCAACUUAUCCGAUGUAGCGGCGAUGAUCGAUUGGUUGACAGUGUUUUACUCGGUUUUCAACCCAAGCUAUGUGGGUCUGAUGAUUACAACUUCUUGUUCAGAGAAUUGGGCAAUAGAAAUGAAUGGUCGAUGGCGAUCCAAUGCUUUGAAUUCGCAGUUAGUCGCGAAAGAAGACGAACAGAACAAGGUAAAUUAGCUAGUUCUGUGAUUAGUGUUCUUGGUAGAUUAGGGAAAGUCGAUUUAGCCAAGAAAGUUUUCGAAACAGCUGUUACUGAUGGCUAUGGAAACACAGUUUAUGCUUAUUCUGCUUUAAUUAGUGCUUAUGCCAAGAGUGGAUUAUCUGAUGAUGCCUCUAGAGUCUUUGAGACCAUGAAACUUUCUGGGUUGAAGCCAAAUCUUGUUACUUAUAAUGCAUUAAUUGAUGCUUGUGGUAAAGGGGGUGCUGAUUUCAAAAGGGCUUCUGAAAUUUUCGAUGAUAUGUUGAGCAACGGCUUUCAACCCGAUCGAAUUACUUACAAUUCGCUUCUUGCCGUUUGUAGUGGUGGGGGUUUAUGGGAGACUGCGAUGAAUUUGUUUAAUGAGAUGAGUUAUAGAGGGAUUGAUCCAGAUAUAUAUACUUAUAAUACGCUUUUGGAUGUUGCUUCUAGUGGUGGACAUAUGGAUUCUGCUUUUCAAAUAAUGGCAGAAAUGCCAACGAAGAACAUAAUGCCUAAUGAGGUGACUUAUAGUACCGUGAUUCGCGGGUGUGCAAGAUCCGGGAGGUUGGAUCAGGCGUUAAGUUUAGUCAGCGAGAUGAAAUAUGCUGGCAUUCGUCUUGAUAGGGUGUCGUAUAACAAUCUGCUUGCUAUUUAUGCUAGUUUAGGUAGAUUUGAGGAGGCUCUAAAUGUGGUCAAGGAGAUGGAAAGUACUGGCUUUAGAAAAGAUGUUGUCACUUAUAAUGCACUUCUUGAUGGGUUCGGGAAGCAAGGGAGAUACGAUAAGGUUAAAGAGUUGUUCAAAAGGAUGAAAACGGAGAAGGUUCCCGCUAAUCUAUUAACUUACUCGACACUAAUUAGUGUUUAUCUGAAAGGUGGUUUGUAUCAAGAAGCUACCGAGAUGUACAAGGAAUUUAAGCACGAAGGUUUGAAGGCGGACGUUGUUUUCUAUAGUGAAAUUAUUGAUUCCUUGUGUAAAAAGGGGUUUGUGGAAUCUUCUGCUUUAUUACUUGAUGAGAUGACUAAAAAAGGGAUUCAACCAAAUGUUGUCACCUACAAUUCCAUCAUUAAUGCUUUUGGUCAGUCGACAGAUACGGGAUUUUCGAUUGAAAAUGAACAAGAGAUCAAGUGUUUACCUUCCAUGAUUCCCGAAGGAGAUGCUGACAAGAAGCUUGAUAACAGAGAUGAAGAUAGGAUCAUCAAGGUUUUCGAGCAGUUAGCUGCUGGAAAGUUGAGUGUUGUAGAAAAGGCGAGUAAGGGUAGAAAGGAGAUUAUCUGCGUGUUGGGAGUUUUCCGCAAGAUGCAUGAGCUGGAAAUUAAACCAAACGUGGUGACGUUUUCGGCUAUUCUGAACGCUUGCAGCCGUUGCAGUUCGUUUGAAGAAGCUUCUUUGCUGUUGGAAGAACUACGUUUAUUCGACAAUCAAGUCUACGGAGUGGCACAUGGCCUUCUGAUGGGCUAUCGAGAAAAUGUAUGGGUCCAUGCUCUCACCCUUUUCGAUGAAGUCAAACGGAUGGACUCUUCAACUGCAUCCGCCUUCUAUAACGCUUUGACCGACAUGCUGUGGCAUUUUGGACAGAAACGAGGAGCCCAGUUGGUCGUUCUUGAAGGGAAACGCAGACAAGUAUGGGAGAACACAUGGUCUGAUUCUUGUUUAGAUUUACAUCUGAUGUCUUCUGGUGCGGCCCGAGCCAUGGUUCAUGCCUGGUUGCUAAAUAUAUGUUCAAUUGUUUAUGAAGGUCACGAGUUGCCAAGUUUAUUGAGUAUUUUAACAGGAUGGGGUAAACACAGCAAAGUAGUCGGUGAUUGUGCGCUUAAGAGAGCCAUCGAAGCGCUUCUCAGCGGCAUGGGAUCGCCAUUUAGGGUUGCGACAUCAAACAUCGGUCGGUUCAUAUCACCUGGUCAUAUGGUGGCUGCUUGGAUGAGAGAAUCAACCAGCAUCCCAAAUUUGCUCAUUCUACAAGAUGAUAGAGUUUACCCUGAAACCCCAAGGUUGAAUCAUCAUCUGCAACCAGUUUCUUUGUAGUUUUUGUUUGUAUUUCUGGCCCUUUUCACCUUUCAGAUGGUAGUUUUGUUUGUGUUAGAUAGGAAAGUGGAAUGGGACAGUUGAAAGUUGGUAAAAUCAACCAACCUUUUAUCCAUGUAAAUUUAACUUAAAACAGUAAAUAUGCUUUGAUUGUCA